AUGGCUUCGGCGGCGGCGUGGGAGGGCCCGACGGCCGCGGAGCUCAAGUCAGCGGGGGCGGCAGCGAUUCCCGGCGGCGUGCGAGUGAAGGGGUGGGUCAUCCAGUCCCACAAAGGCCCCAUCCUCAACGCCGCCUCCCUCCAACGCUUUGAAGAUGAACUUCAAACGACACAUUUACCUGAGAUGGUUUUCGGAGAGAGUUUCUUGUCCCUUCAACAUACUCAAACUGGCAUCAAAUUGCAUUUUAAUGCGCUUGAUGCACUCAAGGCAUGGAAGAAAGAGACACUGCCACCUGUUGAGGUUCCUGCUGCAGCAAAAUGGAAGUUCAGAAGCAAGCCUUCUGACCAGGUUAUACUUGAUUACGACUAUACAUUUACGACACCAUACUGUGGGAGUGAUGCUGUGGUUGUGAACUCAGGCACUACACAAACAAGUUUAGAUGGAUGCAGCACUUUGUGUUGGGAGGAUACUAAUGAUCGGAUUGACCUUGUUGCCCUUUCAGCAAAAGAGCCAAUUCUUUUCUAUGACGAGGUUAUCUUGUAUGAAGAUGAGUUAGCUGACAAUGGUAUCUCAUUUCUUACAGUGCGAGUGAGGGUAAUGCCAACUGGUUGGUUUCUGCUUUUGCGUUUCUGGCUUAGAGUUGAUGGUGUACUUAUGAGAUUGAGAGACACUCGUUUACAUUGUUCGUUUGGAAAUGGCAAUGGAGCCAAACCAGUGGUACUCCGUGAAUGUUGCUGGAGGGAAGCAACAUUUGCUAGUUUGUCUGCGAAAGGAUAUCCUUCAGACUCUGCAGCGUACGCGGACCCGAAUCUUAUUGCCCAUAAACUUCCUAUUGUGACGCAGAAGACCCAAAAGUUGAAAAUACCUUACUGA